CCUGAACAUGACCGAGGCGGUUAAGACCUACAAAUGGCAGUGCAUCGAGUGCAAAUCCUGUAUCCUGUGUGGGACCUCGGAGAAUGAUGACCAGCUACUCUUCUGUGAUGACUGUGACCGUGGUUAUCACAUGUACUGUUUAAAUCCCCCGGUGGCUGAGCCCCCAGAAGGAAGCUGGAGCUGCCAUUUAUGCUGGGAGUUGCUCAAAGAGAAAGCCUCGGCCUUUGGCUGCCAGGCCUAGGGCCCCAGGUCAUAGAAUGCAGCCUGCCACUAGAGAGGCUGAACUGAAGCCCUGUUCAACCCAGAUGGAGGUCUCCUCCUGUGUAUGCACACAGACCAACUGCAAGGAAAACGAAUCGUUACAGAAGGGAACGGAGGGAGCAAGGGGUCCAUUCACCUCUCACCCUACCCGUGACCUCCGGCCCCACGCAUACGUCAGCCAGCACUUCCUCAUUUCUACCAGCGUGAACAUGGCACGUUUGAAGAACAAUCCAGCCCCAGCUCUGUGGAACCUUCCUCGUGUUCACCCUCACAGGCAUCCCUUUCGUUGCUUCCCAUUUUAGAGGAAGCCAUCUUGUGACUGCUCAUCAACCACUCGUGUUGUGUGGUGUGGUUCUUGUUUUGUUUUUCUAUUGUUUUUCAAGAACUUGUCACACAGCGUCCUCACCCUCAGCUUGGGCUCUUCACCCUAAAACUCUCACAGAGGAACCAAAUGCUGUGGCCAAGCUCUCGCUUAUUUACUAGCCUCACUGGAAACAUCCAUGUUUGGAGGCCAUCUUGAAGACGGAACUUGGGAACAUCUUGGUUUCCUUAGUCUCUGCUAAGAAGAGGAAUUGUAGGUUUUGAGCCUCAGCGAUAGCAUCCACAGCUGCGAUGGCCUUGAUCCAUUGCACAGCCACUUGAUGAGGGGUUCAGAGGGCCUGGGAGACGGAAGGAAAACUUGGGGCCCCUGCUAUAACCAUUCAGUAUUUGCUGUUCCUCAAGAGGGACUUUGUGAGGGACCAGGUGGUUCCUUGACCUUCAGAACUGUGGUGUCCUUGAGGUGAGACGACACAGUCUCUAAACACAGGAAAGUGUUGAAGAUCCUGCUCCCAACUGAACUGAGCGUGAAGGUCUGGCUCAGUCUCUGGGGGUGGGACUCAAGCUCUGGAGAGGUGGGCAAAGGCUGCCCAUUCAGUAAUUCAGUGUUGGAUAGAAGAGACUGUACGUAGCUUUGAGAAACCCUCCAGUAUUGAUGCUACACUUUGGAUUUCUUUUCUGGGCCAUUUCUUCCUUCCAUGUAGUAUAUGUUUGCCAGUGACCACUGAGAUGUGACUGGAAAUUUUAGAACGGA